AUGAAUCUCAGCUCAGGGCGCAAAUUAGCCACAGCAACGGUGCUAUCCCUAUUAUCUUUCUCCGUCACCUUUAUCAGCAGCAUCUAUAGCUCAGCUAUCGUCCCCAUUGCUCUCAGUUUUCAUGUAUCGACUGAAGUUUCGACGCUUGGCAUAAGCUUGUAUAUCUUGGGUUUUGGACUGGGCCCAGUCAUAUUCGGCCCUCUUUCGGAAAGAUUUGGACGGACCCUCCCCUUGUUCUCAGGUACUUCGCCUUCUGCAUCAUGCAGAUUCCCAUCCCUGUGGCACAAAACCUUCAAACAGUCAUGCUCAUCCGCUUUCCUGGGAGGCACUUCUGGCUCGUCCGCUCUUACAAUCGUCGCCGGCAUUGUCGCCGAUAUCUACGGUCCCGUUCAAAGAGGACUCGCAGUCGCUGUGUUCUCAUCAACUGUUUCCUUUGGUCCGGCCAUGGGUCCUGUAGUAGGAUCUUUCAUCACUGAGAGCUAUCUGGGAUGGAGGUGGACUGGCUACGUUUCAUUCAUGCUCAGCAUCUUCUCCUGGAUACUUGGAGUCCUCGUUGUCCCCGAAACAUAUGGACCGGUGUUGCUGCAGAGAAGGGCGAAGCGUCUCCGGCAUCAAACACGUAUUGGUCCAUCCACUCAAAGAUGGACGAACAAUAGAUCACCGUCCACUGCUUGGUGGUCAGGUUCCUUGCUCGACCAUUCUUCAUGCUCAUCCGGGAACCCAUACUUUCGCCGAUCACCAUGUAUCUCGCCGUGGUGUACGGAAUUCUGUACCUGUUCUUUGAGGCAUUCCCUAUCGCCUUCCACGAGCAGCGGGGAUGGAAGCCUGCGAUUGCAUCGCUCCCAUUCAUUUCUCUCGGAAUUGGCAUCAUCAUUGACGGUGUCAUCUCUGCUUUAA